CAGAGAGAGAUUUUCUUCUUCUUGCAGGCUAUUUUCAGUCAAACAAAGGUGCAUUGAGUGGAGUUUGACAUUAAGAUUGCAUUAUUUUGCUUCUAAAUGCCUAUGUAAUAGAGGUGCAUAGGAUUCUUUUAAGGUGAUGACAUGGGUACUGUGCAGUGCUGUUGGAUGCUGUUAUUGUUUUGCAUUUCUGCUUUACACACUACACUCUCAUUUAUUGUGACUCAAUCACCUGGGCUCAUUAAUGUCUCCGUGGGUCAUAGUAUUGAAUUAAGAUGUAUAUUUGACCAGACAGUUCGGUACUGUUAUUCCUCAGCUUUUUGGUACAAAGUGAACCCAAGGACUGGUGAACUCACAUUCUUGAGGUUUCAGCCAAAUACCUUUAUGAACAAUGUAAAAACUUGCAUUGUAUCUAUCAAAGAGGCAACUCUGAAAGAUUCAGGCUUGUACUAUUGCAUUAGCCAUCAAAAUUCAUUGACUGUCGUCGGCAAUGGAACCAAAGUGAUCGUUACAGAUCGUCCUACACCUAAAAUAUCCAUCCUAUACUCGCCACAAGAAACCAACAUUUCACCCGUACCACUGCAGUGUGUUGUGACUGGAGUUGUCCCAUCUCAGGUCCAGGUGUUCUGGAUGAUUGGUCAGAAAGAGCACACAGGAUGGACCGAGUCAGCCUGGACAAACGCCACUGAUUCAGCCACAGAAUACACACGUGCUCAUCUUUCUGUCCCUGCUGAUGAGUGGACUAGAGAUGAUGAAAUUCAGUGCAUUGUUAAAUAUAAUGGCGAGAACAUCUCCAAAACUCUGAUGAGAUGGGAAUCUGAACAGAUAUGCUCCUGGAUUAUGUACGGCGGCUUUGGGGCAGUAGUCCUUACCGUGGUUGUAACUGCCAUUAUCUCUCUGUAUUUAUACCAAGAGAUGCAUGCGACAAAGACGUGCAAAGGACUCAUAAGAAAAGAUGCUCAUCGCAAAAUUCUGAACAAUGAUAAACAGAGCACACUGAGAGCAGACAGUUCAUCUGUCAUGUAUUCCACCGUGGAGCCAUGCAUCAGUGUGGAAAAGCGUGCAAAUCAAUUAAAAGAGUGAUGGGUGUCAGUGCAUGGACAAGUUAGAGCAUGUCACAAAUGAUUAAAAUCAAACUUAAGAAAUAAAGCAUAAUAUAUUCCAAUACAUUUAUGUAAUAAAAGUUUUAUAUUACAAUGAGAUCAUUUUUUCAUGUUUUUAGAAUGUUCAAUCUCAUGAAUAUUGAUUACUCAAUGUUUUCCUGUUUGUAUCUCUGUUUAGCUCAUGUCUAAUUUUGUUAUGAAUUAAUUUCCUAAUUUUGGGGUUAUUACUGCCACUCUGUAGGCCAUCACGUACUUCUCAAAUCAUUUUCUGGAGUUCUUUAUUUGCCUGUGUGUCAAUUUAUAUAAAUGGUUUAUAUACUCACCUCCAUGUUGGUCCUAAAAACCAACACAAAAGGAGAUGUUAGCAAGAAUGCUACUCUCAGUCACCAUUCAUUCACACCAUUUCAUUGUAUGGAGAAAAUUAAGGAUACAAUAAAUGUGACUGAAGCUCAGUCGGUAACAUUCUGCCUAAUAUCGCUUUUUGUGUUCCACAGAAGAAUGAAAACAUGACUGAACCCAGUUAUACCUAAUUACAGCCCCAACUUUUACAUUUAUUCAUUUAGCAGACACUUUUAUCCAAAGCAACGGACAAAAUGUGGAAGGACACAACAUAAGCGAUUCAUCUUAAGGAGCUAGUAGGGCUAAAAGUGUUGCAUUACAAAGUUUCUAUUGCACCUCACUUCUGUUUUGACAGGUGGAGAUACAAUUUUGCACAUUUGAAUUUGAUCCCAGUUAGAUUUGUGCAAAACACAACUGCACAACUUUCUCACUUUGCUAAAUACUUAUUUAAAAAACAUCAAAAAAUCUCUGGAGCAGUGGCCCAUUAUACAAUGAUUUCUUUGACUGUAUACACUUAAGAAAAUAUGACAUAAGACAUAAGAUUGCGUACAUAUGCAUAUACCUAUUUUGUGAAGGGUUGAAAAACCACAGUGCAUGCCAACAGGAAAGCAUAUGGCCAACUUGCUGCAGCCUUUUUACUCUCACUUGAGUGCU